CAGAAGGUGCUGUCCGCCCACGAGCUGCCGGCCGCCCUCGCGGAAUUCCGGUCCGCGUUCCGGGCGCAGGGCGCGCUGGCCGUGCUGCAGCACUUCGAUUCUGUCUACAGUUUGCUGCACCACUUCCGAACUGCGGAGAACGCUGUGAAGGAGGACGCCCUGGAACUGUUGAUGCACGUGCUGUCGCGUCAUUCUAAUGAACUUUCUGCCAUCUUGAACGACUCUGGGCUGAGCCUUGCCGACCGUGAUGCUCACCUCAAUGCUCUUAAGAUGAACUGCUACUUGCUGGCUGGCCUGAUGGAUGCCUUUGAAAUGGAAACCUGCAAGAAUGGUUUGUGUCAGGCAGAUCCUAGCAGGAAGAACAAGAAGAACCAUGCCAAGACUUCUGAGUCCUUGUGGGAAGAGGAGAGGGAGCCACUCUUACGGCUGCUUACACAGCUGCUGCAGCUGGAUCUCCGUCAACUUUGGGGUGGUAUAGUGAUGGAAGAAGAGUUUAUCAGGUUGAUAACAGGAAGCUGCUACCGUAUCCUGGAGAAUCCAAAUAUUGGUUUUCAGAAGUAUCGGGUCACACGGGAGGCUGUGACACAUCUGCUCGCUGCAGCUCUGGUUCACUGUGACAACAUGUUCAGUGCCACUCUGAAGAUCAUGCAAAUGCUGCAGCACUUUGAACAUGUAGCCCCAGUGCUUGCACAGGCUGUGAGCCUCUGGGCUAAAGAGUAUGGUCUGAAAAGCCUGGUGGGUGAACUGCUAAGGGAAAUGGGACAGAAAUGUUCACAGGAUCUGACUCAUGAGGCUUCUGGAGUCAAGAGUUACGCUACAUUUUUAACUGAACUGGCUGAACAGAUUCCAGCUCUGGUGCUAUCCAACAUCAGUGUUCUCUUGCCUCACUUGGAUGGGGAGAGUUAUAUGAUGCGAAAUGCCGUUCUGUCAGCUAUGGCAGAGGUGCUGAUACAGGUGCUGAACGGUAACCAGCUGGAGGAAGCUGUCCGAGGCACUCGCGACAAGUUCCUGAAGAUGCUGCAGGCCCAUGUCCAUGACAUCAAUAGCUUUGUGCGCAGCCGCGUGCUGCAGCUCUUCACUCGCAUUGUUCAGUGCAAGGCCCUGCCUUUGACUCAGUUCCAGUCUGUGGCAUCGUUGGCUGUUGAGCGUCUCAAAGAUAAAUCUGUUAUAGUAGUGAAAAGUGCAAUCCAGCUCCUGGCUGCAUUUUUGUCCAACAAUCCCUUCUCCUGCAAGCUAAGCUGUGCUGAUUUGGCUGAACCACUGAAGAAAGAAGUGCAGAAACUGCAAGAAAUGAGGGACCGUAGCAAAUCCACAGCAGCUCCAGUGAUUGCCCCAGAGGAAGAGUGGGAAGCAAUGCUGCCAGAAGUUAGGGCUGCCAUAGAGCAGCUCUUUGAACCACUGCAGGAAGAGGAAGAGGAGGUGCUGAAAGUUGAGGAAACAGUGGAGAGUACAGUGGACAAAAUCACUAGGCUGCUGAAGAGGCUGAACUACAAGAGCGCCGCCCGCCUUACGCAGAAGGCCCUGAGUCAGUUCCAGGGGAAGGAACCCUUCAGUGGCCCCAUGGAGGAAAACGAGCAGGCAGUAAUCCUGGGUAUUCUGAAGAGACUUUACACAGGUAACUGCCCAGGUGAGAACAGUGAGGAUCUUCCACAUGACAACAAUAGUUCUAAGACUGAAGAAGUUGUACAGGAAGAGCAGUCUCAAGCAGAGCUGGUCAAACAGGAGAUGUUGGUGCAAUACCUGCAAGAUGCUUACAACUUCUCAGUGAAAAUCACAGAAGCUCUGAACCUGAUCAGCCAGAUAAUGUAUGAGAACUCUGUCUCAGUGGUGCAGGAAUCCAUUGAGUUUUUUGUGACGGUCUCGCAGUUUGGUAUGCCCCAGGCACUGCUUGGAGUCCGCAGAAUGCUUCCCCUUAUAUGGUCCAAAGAGUCUGGUAUUAAGGAAGCUGUGCUGAAUGCCUACAGGCAGCUCUACCUGACCCCCAGCAAGGAUUCAGAGAG